CUGAGUCGCUGCGUCGUCAUCCAAAUCGUUUUGGUGGCGUGCUGAGAUUGAACCUCGUCAGCACAGAGAGUGGACUUGUACCAAAGAGACAAAACGGCUGCUUGCACGUUCUUAUAGCCUCAUUCACUGACUCUCUCACUCGAUUCAACCAAAACCCUUCUUCACUCUCACCCUUUUCCCCAAGAUUAUACCUCAUUGUGAAGCCCUAGUCCCCCCAAUUCUCCUUUCGCUUCUCCCAGUUUCUCUCCGAUCAAAGUCCAAGAACCCCAAGAUUUAGGGUUUCCUAAUGGGUGACCCCUUGGAGAGAUUGGGAUCGGAGGAGGCCGUCGGAAUGGAAUCCUGUAUGAAGGAGGAGCUCUGCAUGGAGAUCGAUCCGCCCUUCCGGGAAAAUGUCGCCACCGCUGAGGAUUGGAGAAAGGCACUCAACACGGUGGUUCCGGCGGUGGUGGUGCUCCGGACCACCGCUUGUCGCUUUGAUACCGAGGCCGCCGGUGCCAGCUAUGCCACUGGGUUUGUGGUCGAUAAACGCCGUGGAAUCAUUCUCACUAAUCGUCAUGUUGUUAAGCCUGGGCCGGUAGUUGCGGAGGCCAUGUUCGUGAACCGUGAAGAAAUUCCUGUGUAUCCGAUAUACAGAGACCCUGUCCAUGAUUUUGGCUUCUUUCGGUAUGAUCCUGCUGCAAUACAGUUUUUGAGUUAUGAGGAAAUUCCUCUUGCCCCUGAGGCUGCUUGUGUUGGACUAGAAAUCAGAGUUGUUGGAAAUGAUAGUGGAGAGAAGGUGUCUAUUUUGGCUGGGACUCUUGCUCGUUUGGAUAGAGAUGCCCCACACUAUAAAAAGGAUGGUUACAAUGACUUCAAUACAUUCUACAUGCAAGCUGCAUCUGGGACUAAAGGUGGUUCAAGUGGUUCCCCAGUAAUUGAUUGGAAAGGAAGGGCAGUUGCCUUGAAUGCAGGGAGCAAGUCUUCAAGUGCAUCGGCAUUUUUCUUACCUUUGGAACGAGUUGUAAGAGCUUUACAAUUUCUCCAGAAGGGCAAAGAUUCUUCUACAAGUAACUGGGAGGCAGUUAGCAUUCCCCGUGGUACUCUUCAGGUGACUUUUCUUCAUAAAGGAUUUGAUGAGACACGUCGGCUUGGCCUCCAUAGUGAAACAGAACAGAUGGUACGACAUGCAUCUCCACUAGGUGAAACUGGAAUGCUUGUUGUUGAUUCUGUGGUGCCAGGUGGUCCAGCUCAUAAGCAGUUAGAGCCAGGUGAUGUGCUUGUUCGAAUGAAUGGGGAAGUAAUUACUCAGUUUUUAAAAAUGGAGACUUUGCUUGAUGACAGUGUUGACCAGACUAUUGAAUUACAGAUUGAAAGGGGUGGCACAUCCUUAACUGUAAACUUAAGGGUUCAGGAUCUGCACUCAAUAACUCCUGAUUAUUUUUUGGAAGUUAGUGGUGCAGUAAUACACCCUCUUUCUUAUCAGCAGGCUAGGAAUUUCCGUUUCAAUUGUGGUCUUGUAUAUGUUACAGAACCGGGGUAUAUGCUCUUUAGAGCUGGAGUUCCUCGCCAUGCCAUCAUUAAGAAGUUUGCUGGUGAAGAGAUAUCACGACUUGAAGAAUUAAUUUCAGUUCUAUCUAAGUUGUCUAGGGGUGCUCGAGUACCAUUGGAAUAUAUAAGCUACAUGGACCGUCAUCGGAGGAAGUCUGUUCUGGUCACAGUGGAUCGCCACGAAUGGUAUGCCCCUCCUCAGAUAUAUACUCGUGAUGACAGUACUGGUUUGUGGACAGCAAAGCCAGCUUUGCCACCUGAGUCUGUACUUCUCUCAGCUGGUAUGAACCAUCAUGGGGAAGGCCUACUAAACCAAACAGUUGCAUCAAAUACUUGUGAGGCUAGUAUGAUGGAACAUCUUCAUCAUGAUAACAAUCAUGAGUUAGCUGAUGGACUAACCAGUAUGGAAACUAGUCAAGAAAAUGUUUCUGAGGAAACACAGGCUCGUGAUGAACCUGAUGUUGGAACAAAAAAGCGACGAAUUGAAGACGAUUCAUCUGCCGAUGGAAUUGUGAUAGCAGACUGUUCAUUACAUGAACCCACAGAAGAAAAGUUGAAGAAUAUGAGAACCAUGCAAAAUGCCGUUCUAAGAGAUUAUCAAGGUGCUGCAGCAGCAGCAGCCAAUGCUUCAAUUGCUGAACGUGUGAUAGAACCCACUCUUGUGAUGUUUGAGGUUCAUGUACCACCAUCUUGUAUGCUUGAUGGUGUCCACUCGCAACAUUUUUUUGGGACCGGUGUUAUUGUACAUCAUUCUCAAUUUAUGGGAUUGGUUGCAGUUGACAAGAACACAGUUGCAAUAUCCGUGUCUGACGUGAUGCUCUCCUUUGCUGCUUUUCCAAUGGAAAUUCCAGGAGAGGUUAUUUUUCUUCAUCCUGUUCACAAUUAUGCCCUUGUUGCAUAUGACCCUUCUGCUCUGGGGCCUAUCGGUUCUUCAGUUGUUCGGGCUGCUGAAUUACUUCCUGAGCCAACAUUGCGCCGUGGGGACUCAGUCUGUCUUGUGGGGCUAAGUAGAAGCCUACAAGCAACAUCAAGGAAAUCAAUAGUCACCAAUCCAUGUGCAGCUUUGAAUAUAGGCUCGGCUGAUUGUCCACGAUACAGGGCAACCAAUAUGGAAGUCAUUGAGCUUGAUACUGAUUUUGGUAGUACAUUUUCGGGUGUAUUAACUGAUGAGCAUGGAAGAGUUCAAGCCAUCUGGGGAAGCUUCUCCACUCAGCUGAAAUUUGGUUGCAGUACAUCAGAAGAUCAUCAAUUUGUCAGAGGCGUCCCAAUUUAUACAAUCAGCCAAGUCCUUGACAAAAUCAUAUCCGGUGCUAAUGGACCAUCUCUUCUUAUAAAUGACAUCAAAAGACCAAUGCCACUUGUUAGGAUUUUAGAGGUUGAACUUUAUCCUACUUUGCUUUCAAAAGCCCGGAGUUUUGGAUUGAGCAACGAUUGGGUCCAAGCUCUUGUCAAGAAAGAUCCAAUUAGACGUCAAGUUUUACGUGUUAAGGGUUGCCUAGCAGGAUCAAAAGCUGAGAAUCUAUUAGAACAAGGUGAUAUGGUUUUAGCCAUCAACAAAGAACCAAUCACGUGCUUCCGUGACAUAGAAAAUGCCUGCCAAGCAUUAGACAUAUGUGAUGACAAUGAUGGGAAGCUUAACAUGACUAUUUUUCGGCAGGGAUGUGAAAUUGAACUACUUGUGGGAACAGAUGUUAGGGAUGGCAAUGGCACAACACGGGUGAUAAAUUGGUGUGGAAGUAUUGUACAGGAUCCUCACCCGGCGGUGCGUGCUCUUGGAUUUCUUCCAGAAGAAGGGCAUGGUGUCUAUGUGGCAAGGUGGUGUCAUGGAAGCCCAGUACACAGAUAUGGCCUAUAUGCUCUUCAAUGGAUUGUUGAAAUAAAUGGAAAGCUGACUCCUAAUUUGGAUGCUUUUGUUGAAGUUACAAAGGAAUUAGAACAUGGGGAGUUUGUGCGAGUAAGAACAGUUCACUUGAAUGGGAAACCUCGAGUACUAACAUUAAAGCAAGAUUUGCACUACUGGCCUACAUGGGAGCUGAGAUUUGAUCCUGAAACUGCAACUUGGCGCCGCAGGACCAUCAAAGCAUUAGAUUCCUGUGCUGCAUGAAAACGCAGUACAAACUGUCAUAUUUUCCUUGGAAGAAGCAAAAUUGCUUUUGGUCCCAUUUUUCAGGGAACCAAUGUUCACUUGCGGUUUUCAUGCUGCUGUUCUGAGACUCGAGGUGUAGUUAAUUGUACUAGUGCUAGGAGUAAGUGGCAAGGCAUUUAUCUAGAGUUGUAAGGCAGGUUAUUGUGCGUAUGAUGUAAUUUAUAAUUGAUAAUUGACGAUAAACUCUAGAGGAUCAUCAUCCUCAACAGAGGAAUCUUCAUUUAUUAGUAUGGAUGAGUUAAAAGGGUUACUACAUGUGAAUGAUUGGAUAAAAAGAAAUAAAAGGUUCUUUGUUGCCACUUA